AUGUCGAAACGCACCGUUCUAUUUUCAAAUAGCCUGAGAAUGAGAAGUGAAAGGGUCGUUGUACCUGGUGAUCUAAUAUGCUCCUCUGAUGCUACCCGAAAAAGUGGCUCAUCAACAUAUGUUUCCUCUGGCAACAUCCUGUCAAGUGCUUUUGGAUUUGUCAAGGAGGAAUCGCAUGCCGAUGGAACAAAAACUUAUUCGGUAGACCCGCUGAAACCCGCUGGCGUAGUACCUGACAUAGGCUCACUGGUAUUGGCAAAGGCUGGAGUUCGAACUACGGAACUAGCCGCGAUUCUUUGUGCAACCUUUGAAAAUGUUCAGGGAACUGUAAUAGCAUAUCAGUAUCCACCAAAUUAUGUCUCUCCUACUCAGUUCAAGGAAAUUGGAAAUGCUGUCAUUCCACGAGCUGAACUGGCCUUUAGAUUAGUCACAAUAGAAGCAUUUAAACAUUAUGUUAUCGGUUGUUUACAACGCAUUGAAGGUGUUCAGUAUAAAAGGAAUACCUUACAGUUUAACAUAUGUCUAGUAAUUAAGCCUAAAUCAACUCCAGAUAGAGAUGAUAUAUCACAUUGGCAGUUUUGGGACGAUCAAUCUGCUGGUGGCCUGAGGCCCAAUGUUCAAGCAGCCUAUGAAGCUUUAACAUUAAAGAUAAAUCGAUAUUUUUACUCUUUAGAAGAACAAUGUGCUUUUCUGUCUCGGGCUUUGGGACAUCAUGAUGGUGCAGUGAAUUCUGUUAAAUUGACUUGUCUUGAUUCAAUUUAUAAACAGUUACACGAAUCAGGAAUGUGCAUCAUUUCAUUUCCGAAUUGCGGUUCUCUAUACUUACGUUUCAGUCCUCGACAAGAUCGAGGAUCAUAUAGUAACCUGUCGUUUGAUACAUCCGAACUUGUUCAUGAACAAAUUACAAACAGUGAUACUGAAUUGAAAUUUGAUCAAAAAAUUAGACAAAUCAAUUUGCAUUAUAAUAAUCAACUUGUUUUUCCUAAUUUCAAUCCUCAAACUGAAUCAGAAGUUACCGACGAUUGUGUGUUCGUUGUAAUCGCUUCACCAUCUUAUAAGUGUCAUUCAAAAUUGGGAUAUAAUAUGAGUGGUGGAUGGAGGCCUUUGGAUGCGGUUGCUCAGCGUAUUUUGCCUUAUAUUGAUGGUAAACGACGUUUAAUGGAGUUAGCUCACUUGGCUCAAUUGGAUGUCACUAUAGCUCGUUUAUGUUUAAUUGACCUUGCUCGAAUAGGAGUUGUACGUUCGUUACCAUAUCCCACUUUUUUGGUUCCAUCUUCACAAGUUGAAAGAUUUUCAAAUAUGAAUCUUAUCCCCGGAUGGUUGGGUUUACCACGAUUAGCAACUCUACUUACAGAUUACAACCUUAGCAGGAUUUGCUUAGAAACGGUGGUGUCACAUAAUCAUCAUCAUCCUCGUAAACCAUAUGGCCUGUGUAUUCAUGAUAUAUUCCGUUUGUACACGGUGCUUUGUGCAUCUUCUAAUUUUAGUUUACCGUACUUAAUUUCAGCCAAUCCACAUAUUCGAUUUACUGAAUAUCCUAACUGUAUGAAUUCUUCGUCUUCAUCUUCUUCAUAUUAUUCUCUCCCUCCCAUUCAACCACUGAAAUUUUGUCCUUGUUAUACUUUUCAGUUUCAUAAACGUCAUCAUCGUCAUUGUUCUAAGAUUAGUCUACUAUCUCUUGUACAGUUCGGUGAAGUUAACGGUUUAAUAAGACGAAUUCAGUGUUAUCCAAUCAGUGAUAAACUAGCACUGCCUGAUGAACAAACUAGUAAUCAUCGACUACUGUCUGUUGCAUCGUUAUCAUCAAAAGAAUCCUCCGCUGCUGCAACUUCAGCAGUCAUAAUUACACCAAAUUCCACUAUGAAUUCGACACACCAACAAAUAGCACUACGUCAGAUUAAAACUCAUUCAAAUUCUUUACGACAUAAUCCAAGUAAAUUUAGUAAAAAACCAAAAAUAAUCAAUGAACAAAUGUGGUCCACUGCUAAAUCUAUGCUAAUGGAUGGUCAGCAUAGUCUGGACUCAAUUAUUACCUUUAUGGUAAUAAAUAAUGACAGUCUAGUAGAAUCUCCACCAACUGUGCAUAAAAUACCAGAGCAUAUAACUGAAAUAUCACAAUUAUACCGUUUUGAUGAGUGUUUAGGUGGACAAAUGCCUCAUAGUGAUCAUGAUAUUUCUCAAAUAAAUAGAAGUAAAUUAUCGAACAGUUUUAGUUUUAGUCCUGAUGAUACAAUUGUUAAUAAUAACAGUCAAAUUGUUGAAGAAAUGAUUGCACAUGAUCGAAUAUCAGACAACAGAUUAUGGUCUAGACCAGAGGAUUGCAUGACUGCAUUUAUGGGCCCAUUGGAUCUAGACAAAACACACUUGACAUUACCAGAUCUUUAUUGGAUGUGGCGUUGAAAAGAAAAAUUAAAAGUUGGCUGUCUUUCUCUCCUUCCCUCUCUCUCAUGCACACACACACGUUCUCAGUCUCUUUUAAUACUUAUCAUCUACCUAUCAAUUCCAACUGAUUU